CUUUCCACUUUCUUUCAUCAAAAAAAAAACUUUCCACUUUCCACUCCCUCACUUAUCAGUUUUCGAUCCCGCGCUAAAACUCUUAAACCCUAAACCCUCGACAGCUCUCUCUCACUCUCUCUCUUUCUCAUUUCCACAACCGCCAUGGCGUCCAUGGCUAACCGAGCCAAUCCACUGCUCAACAAUCUCCCUCACUUUCUCACAUGGCGAGCCCUAGGGUUCCGAACAAUUUGCAGCGGCCGCAUGGGCUUCUCGUCUCAGUCGCAGCGGCAACUCGAUCCUGAAUCCCCCGUCGCCGGCACCAAGGUACUCGAGACUUUCAAAGAAGAAUUUGAAAUCGGAGAUCGCUUAAUUACACUUGAAUCCGGAAAGAUCGCUCGCUUCGCUAACGGGGCCGUCGUUUUAGGCAUGGAAGAGACCAAAGUCUUAUCCACCGUGGCCGCUGCCAAAGGCGACGCCGUUCGUGAUUUUUUGCCCCUAACUGUUGAUUAUCAAGAGAAGCAAUUCGCCCAAGGUGUUAUUCCGAACACAUUCAUGCGAAGGGAGGGGGCGCCAAAAGAGCGUGAACUAUUGUGUGGUCGUAUCAUUGAUCGACCAAUACGUCCCCUAUUUCCUGCUGGGUUUUACCAUGAGGUUCAGGUAACAGCGAGUGUUCUUUCCUCUGAUGGAAAACAAGAUCCAGAUGUACUGGCAGCUAAUGCUACAUCUGCUGCACUUAUGUUAUCAGAUAUUCCUUGGGCUGGCCCCAUUGGAGUGAUUCGUAUAGGCAGGAUUUCUGGGCAGUUUAUUGUUAACCCAACUAUGGAUGAGCUUAGCUUAAGUGAUCUCAACUUAGUGUAUGCCUGUACGAGGGACAAAACCUUAAUGAUUGAUGUGCAGGCUCGUGAGAUCUCAGAAAAAGAUCUAGAAGCUGGGUUAAGAUUGGCUCAUCCUGAGGCAGUUAAGUAUAUUGAACCUCAAAUCAAACUGGCUGCUAAAGCUGGUAAGCACAAGAAGGAAUAUAAAUUGUCAAUGAUGCCAGAUAGAACAUUGGAGAAAGUUGGUAAAUUGGCAGAAGCUCCUAUAGAAGCUGUUUUCACUGAUCCUACAUAUGGCAAGUUUGAACGCGGAGAGGCCCUAGAGAAUAUCACGCAAGAUGUGAAAAAAGUACUUGAAGAAGAGUGUGAUGAAGAAAGCUUGAGACUUUUACCGAAGGCAGUAGACACAGUGAGGAAAAAGGUUGUCCGUAGAAGAAUUAUUGCAGAAGGAUUCAGACUUGAUGGGAGGCGUCUUGAUGAAGUUAGGCCUUUGUAUUGCGAAGCUGGUAAUUUGCCUAUGCUGCAUGGAUCAUCGCUUUUUAAUCGUGGAGACACACAGGUUCUUUGUACCGUAACACUUGGGGCACCUGGUGAUGCUCAACGCUUGGAGUCUAUUGUUGGUCCCCCAAAAAAACGCUUCAUGCUUCACUACAGCUUCCCGCCAUUCUGUAUAAAUGAAGUCGGUAAACGAGGUGGCUUGAACAGGCGUGAAGUUGGUCACGGAACUCUGGCGGAGAAAGCUCUCCUUGCUGUAUUACCUCCUGAAGAUGAUUUUCCUUAUACUGUCCGUAUCAAUUCUGAAGUAAUGGCGUCUGAUGGUUCGACAUCAAUGGCAACUGUCUGUGGAGGCAGUAUGGCUUUGAUGGAUGCUGGCAUUCCACUGCGCGAACAUGUAGCUGGUGUCUCAGUAGGUCUUGUUAGUGAAGUUGAUCAAUCAACUGGCUCAAUAAAGGAUUACCGUAUAUUGACUGAUAUUCUGGGUCUGGAAGAUCAUUUGGGGGACAUGGACUUCAAAAUUGCUGGCACGCAAAGAGGAAUUACAGCAAUUCAGUUGGAUAUAAAACCUGCUGGAAUUCCUUUAGAUAUUAUUUGUGAAAGCUUAGAGCCUGCACGUAAAGGUCGCAUUCAAAUACUUGACCACAUGGAGAGAGAGAUCAGCGUGCCACGCACUCAAGAUGAUAGAAAUUCUCCUCGAUUAGCUACCUUGAAGUACAGUAAUGAUGCACUUCGUCGCUUGCUUGGCCCCCUUGGUGCUCUAAAAAGAAAAAUUGAAGAUGAAACGGGUGCACGGAUCUCUGUAAGUGAUGGAACACUCACCAUAGUUGCUAAGAAUCAAUCUGUAAUGGAAAAAGUACUGGAAAAGGUUGAUUUCAUACUUGGGCGUGAGAUCGAAAUUGGUGGGAUCUAUAAAGGAAGAGUAUCUUCAAUCAAGGAAUAUGGUGCAUUUGUGGAGUUUAAUGGUGGUCAGCAAGGCCUUCUGCACAUUUCUGAGUUGUCGCAUGAACCAGUUUCUCGGGUUUCAGACGUGGUAUCUAUUGGGCAGCAGCUUUCCUUGAUAUGCAUAGGCCAGGAUGUUCGCGGUAACGUUAAAUUAUCCCUUAAAGCUACUUUACCUCGACCUAGAUCUGAGACAAAUAAUGUGGUUGAGGAAUCUGUUUCAUCCACCAAAGAAGCACCUAGUAUUUGGGCAGCUGCUGGAGACCUUUCGUCUAAUGGACAACAAAAUCAGAGCUCUAUAUCUGAGAAAUUGCCAGCGAGCAAAUAUGAAGCUGGAGGCAUUAAUGCCUCUACUUCUAGUCCACCAAUUCUAAUUCGAAGUGCAGCAGAGUGUGACGAGGAAGAAAAAUCUGCUGGUUUGGUUCAGAAUUCUAAAGCUACUUCUAGGCCUGUUGGUGCUUUGGAAACAGAUCACAAGCCAAAAACAUUCCAUCAAGAUAGUUCAGUACUUGCUAAGUCUGGUCUCCUUCAAACUAUUAAUGAUAAGAUGUCAAAAUCUUUCUUACAGAAGGAAGGAGAUAAAACUGAAGUUAGAAGCCCUGUAACUGCAAAAACUCUGAAGAUAGGAACAAAGGUUACUGCCAAGGUUUAUCAGAUCCGCACGGGGGGAUUGGUGCUUGACCUAGGUGGGGGAAUUCGAGGAAUGUAUCGGUUUGAGACCAAUGGUAAGAAUGACUUCGAAGUCGAUGAUGAGUUACAAGUUGUGUGUGUAAGUUUUUCUAGCAAGGGGAUUCCAGUAAUGUCCCUGGUGGAUGAUGAGUAGCAAUGUUUUUGUCACGUAGAUGACUGUCAAGGCAAUCAUCUUGAGGAAAUUCUGGUUGCAGUGGCAGAAUAGAGACGGUCGUCUAGCCAAACAACUACCUAGAAGCUUCUGCAGGUUUCAUACAAGCUGGUUGGAAGAUAAUAUCUUGAAACCACUGUUCAUAUUUCGAAAUGCCAGGAACGGUAGCUCAUGAACUGGUUUCCGUGAAUUUGGUGUCAUGUUUUAGCUAAGCAUGGCCCCAGUUUUCUCUAUUUCUUUUUUCUCUUUCAUAGACUUCUCUUGUACAUAUUUUACCGGCUUGUCAUUCCUUGGUUUUUUUUUUUCCCGCUAUUCCAUUAUUCAGGGAUUGCAUCCGCUGACGAAGUGUAAUUGGGCUGCUAAGAAGCCUAAACAAAUCUUUGAGCCCGAAGAGUACCCAAGCUAAGUCCAAGCAAACUCUUGGCAUUGAGAAACAAAUGUAACAUAUCGGAAGACGAUUUAUUAUUUGAGCUUAAACUCUUGGCAAGAAA